AGGAGCAGAGCCGCUGGCUCCACUCAGCUCCCAGCUUCCAGGACUCCGCUGGCUCCUCGCAAGUCCUGCCGCCCAGCCCGCCAGGAUGCAGUCGGGGCGGCGGCCCCCACCUCCAGCCCCCGCCCUGGCCUUGGCUUUGACCCUGGCUAUGUUGGCCAGACUUGCAUCCACCGCUUCCUUCUUCGGUGAGAACCACCUGGAGGUGCCUGUGGCCACAGCUCUGAUGGACAUAGACCUACAGCUGCAGUUCUCCACGUCCCAGCCUGAAGCCCUCCUUCUCCUGGCAGCAGGCCCAGCUGACCACCUCCUGCUGCAGCUCUACUCUGGACGCCUGCAGGUCAGACUUGUUCUAGGCCAGGAGGAGCUGAGGCUACAGACCCCAGCAGAGACGCUGCUGAGUGACUCCAUUCCCCACACUACAGUGCUGACUGUCGUAGAGGGCUGGGCCACAUUGUCAGUCGAUGGGCUUCUGAACGCCUCCUCUGCAGUCCCAGGAGCCCCCCUCGAGGUCCCCUAUGGGCUCUUUGUUGGGGGCACUGGGAGCCUUGGCCUGCCCUACCUGAGGGGAACCAGCCGACCCCUGAGGGGUUGCCUCCAUGCAGCCACCCUCAAUGGCCGCAGUCUCCUCCGGCCUCUGACCCCCGACGUGCAUGAGGGCUGUGCUGAAGAGUUUUCUGCUGGUGAUGAUGUGGCCCUGGGCUUCUCUGGACCCCACUCUCUGGCUGCCUUCCCUGCCUGGGGCACUCAGGAUGAAGGAACCCUAGAGUUUACACUCACCACACAGAGCCGGCAGGCACCCUUGGCCUUCCAGGCAGGGGGCCGGCGUGGGGACUUCAUCUAUGUGGACAUAUUUGAGGGCCACCUGCGGGCCGUGGUCGAGAAGGGCCAGGGUACCGUAUUGCUCCACAACAGUGUGCCUGUGGCCGACGGGCAGCCUCAUGAGGUCAGUGUCCAUAUCAAUGCUCACCAGCUGGAAGUCUCCGUGGACCAGUACCCCACGCGUACUUCGAACCGAGGAGUCCUCAGCUACCUGGAGCCACGGGGCAGUCUCCUUCUCGGGGGGCUAGAUGCAGAGGCCUCUCGUCACCUCCAGGAACACCGCCUGGGCCUGACACCAGAGGCCACCAAUGCCUCCCUGCUGGGCUGCAUGGAAGACCUCAGUGUCAAUGGCCAGAGGCGGGGGCUGCGGGAAGCCUUGCUGACACGCAACAUGGUGGCUGGCUGCAGGCUGGAAGAGGAGGAGUAUGAGGACGAUGCCUAUGGCCAUUAUGAAGCUUUCUCCACCCUGGCCCCCGAGGCUUGGCCUGCCAUGGAGCUGCCAGAGCCAUGCGUGCCUGAGCCAGGUCUGCCUCCUGUCUUUACCAACUUCACCCAGCUGCUGACUAUCAGCCCACUGGUGGUGGCCGAGGGGGGCACAGCCUGGCUUGAGUGGCGGCACGUGCAGCCCACACUGGACCUUAUGGAGGCUGAACUGCGCAAAUCCCAGGUGCUAUUCAGUGUGACCCAAGGGGCACGCCAUGGCGAGCUCGAGCUGGACAUCCCGGGAGCCCAGGCACGAAAAAUGUUCACCCUCCUGGACGUGGUGAACCGCAAGGCCCGCUUCAUCCACGAUGGCUCUGAGGACACCUCCGACCAGCUGGUGCUGGAGGUGUCAGUGACAGCUCGGGUGCCUAUGCCCUCAUGCCUGCGGAGGGGCCAAACUUACCUCCUGCCCAUCCAGGUCAACCCUGUCAAUGACCCACCCCGCAUCAUCUUCCCACAUGGCAGCCUCAUGGUGAUCCUGGAACACACACAGAAGCCGCUGGGGCCCGAGGUUUUCCAGGCCUAUGACCCGGACUCUGCCUGUGAGGGCCUCACCUUCCAGUUCCUUGGAGCCCCCUCUGGCCUCCCAGUGCAACGCCGAGACCAGCCUGGGGAACCGGCAACUGAGUUCUCCUGCCGAGAGUUGGAGGCCGGCAGCCUAGUCUAUGUCCACCGCGGUGGCCCUGCACAGGACUUGACGUUCCGGGUCAGCGAUGGACUGCAGGCCAGCCCCCCGGCCACGCUGAAGGUGGUGGCCGUCCGGCCGGCCAUACAGAUCCACCGCAGCACAGGGCUGCACCUGGCCCAAGGUUCUGCCAUGCCCAUCUUGCCCGCCAACCUGUCGGUGGAGACCAAUGCCGUGGGGCAGGAUGUGAGCGUACUGUUCCGCGUCACUGGAGCCCUGCAGUUCGGGGAGCUGCAGAAGCAGGGAGCAGGUGGGGUGGAGGGUGCUGAGUGGUGGGCCACACAAGCGUUCCACCAGCGGGAUGUGGAGCAGGGCCGCGUGAGGUACCUGAGCACCGACCCACAGCACCGCACCAAGGACACCGUGGAGAACCUAGCCCUGGAGGUGCAGGUGGGCCAGGAGAUCCUGAGCAAUCUGUCCUUCCCAGUGACCAUCCAGAGAGCCACCGUGUGGAUGCUGCGGCUGGAGCCACUGCACACUCAGAACACUCAGCAGGAGACCCUCACCACAGCCCACCUGGAGGCCACCCUGGAGGAGGCAGGCCCAAGCCCCCCAACCUUCCACUAUGAGGUGGUUCAGGCUCCCAGGAAAGGCAACCUUCAACUACAGGGCACGAGGCUGUCAGACGGUCAGGGCUUCACCCAGGAUGACAUACAGGCUGGCCGGGUGACCUAUGGGGCCACGGCACGUGCCUCGGAGGCAGUUGAGGACACCUUCCGUUUCCGUGUCACAGCUCCGCCAUAUUUCUCCCCGCUCUAUACCUUUCCCAUCCACAUUGGUGGUGACCCAGAUGCGCCCGUCCUCACCAAUGUUCUCCUCGUGGUGCCUGAGGGUGGUGAGGGUGUCCUCUCUGCUGACCACCUCUUUGUCAAGAGUCUCAAUAGUGCCAGUUACCUCUAUGAGGUCAUGGAGCGGCCCCGCCAUGGGAGGUUGGCUUGGCGUGGUACACAGGACAAGACCACUAUGGUGACAUCCUUCACCAACGAAGACCUGUUGCAUGGCCGGCUGGUCUACCAGCAUGAUGACUCCGAGACCACAGAAGAUGAUAUCCCAUUUGUUGCUACCCGCCAGGGUGAGAGCAGUGGUGACAUGGCCUGGGAGGAGGUACGGGGUGUCUUCCGGGUGGCCAUCCAACCCGUGAAUGACCACGCCCCUGUACAGACCAUCAGCCGCGUCUUCCAUGUGGCCCGGGGUGGGCGGCGGCUGCUGACUACAGACGAUGUGGCCUUCAGCGAUGCUGACUCCGGCUUUGCUGACGCCCAGCUGGUGCUGACCCGCAAGGACCUCCUCUUUGGCAGUAUUGUGGCCGUGGAUGAGCCCACGCGGCCCAUCUACCGCUUCACCCAGGAGGACCUCAGAAAGAGGCGAGUCCUGUUUGUGCACUCAGGGGCGGACCGUGGCUGGAUCCAGCUGCAGGUUUCUGAUGGGCAACACCAGGCCACUGCGCUGCUGGAGGUGCAGGCCUCGGAGCCCUACCUCCGUGUGGCCAACGGCUCCAGACUUGUGGUCCCUCAAGGAGGCCAGGGCACCAUCGACACAGCCGUGUUCCACCUGGACACCAACCUCGACAUCCGCAGUGGGGAUGAGGUCCACUACCACAUCACAGCCGGCCCUCGCUGGGGACAGGUACUCCGGGCUGGUCAGCCAGCCACAGCCUUCUCCCAGCAGGACCUGCUGGAUGGGGCCGUUCUCUAUAGCCACAAUGGCAGCCUCAGCCCCCGCGACACCCUGGCCUUCUCUGUGGAAGCGGGGCCAGUGCACACAGAUGCCACCCUACAAGUGACUGUUGCCCUAGAGGGCCCACUGGCCCCACUGAAGCUGGUCCGGCACAAGAAGAUCUACGUCUUCCAGGGAGAGGCAGCUGAGAUCAGAAGGGACCAGCUGGAGGCAUCCCAGGAGGCAGUGCCGCCGGCAGACAUCGUAUUCUCAGUGAAGAAGCCACCGAGUGCUGGUUACCUGGUGAUGGUGUCUCGUGGCGUCUUGGCAGAUGAGCCACCCAGCCUGGACCCCGUGCAGAGCUUCUCCCAGGAGGCAGUGGAUGCCGGCAGGGUCCUGUACCUGCACUCCCGCCCUGAGGCCUGGAGCGAUGCCUUCUCACUGGAUGUGGCCUCAGGCCUGGGUGCUCCCAUUGAGGGUGUCCGCGUGGACCUGGAGGUGCUGCCCGCUGCCAUCCCACUGGAGGCGCAAAACUUCAGCGUCCCUGAGGGUGGCAGCCUCACCCUGGCCCCUCCACUGCUCCGUGUCGCUGGGCCCUACUUUCCCACUCUCCCGGGCCUUGGCCUGCAGGUGCUGGAGCCACCCCGGCAUGGGGCCCUGCAGAAAGAGGAUGGACCUCAAGCCAGGACCCUCAGCGCCUUCUCCUGGAGAGAGGUGGAAAAGCAGCUGAUCCGCUACGUGCACGACGGGAGCGAGACACUGACAGACAGUUUUGUCCUGAUGGCUAACGCCUCCGAGAUGGACCGCCAGAGCCAUCCUGUGGCCUUCACUGUCACCGUCCUGCCUGUCAAUGACCAACCCCCUGUCCUCACUACAAACACAGGCCUGCAGAUGUGGGAGGGGGCCACUGCGCCCAUCCCUGCGGAGGUUCUGAGGAGCACGGAUGGCGACUCUGGGUCCGAGGAUCUGGUCUACACCAUCGAGCAGCCCAGCAACGGGCGGGUAGUGCUGCGGGCGGCGCCGGGCACCGAAGUGCGCAGCUUCACACAGGCCCAGCUGGACGGCGGACUCGUGCUGUUCUCACACAGAGGAACCCUGGACGGAGGCUUCCGCUUCGGCCUCUCUGAUGGCGAGCACACUUCCUCCGGACACUUCUUCCGAGUGACAGCCCAGAAGCGAGUGCUCCUCUCGCUGGAGGGCAGCCGGACACUGACUGUCUGCCCAGGGUCCGUCCAGCCACUCAGCAGUCAGACCCUCAGAGCCAGCUCCAGCGCAGGCACCGACCCUCAGCUCCUGCUCUACCAUGUGGUGCGGGGACCCCAGCUAGGCCGGCUGUUCCAUGCCCAGCAGGACAGCACAGGGGAGGCCCUGGUGAACUUCACUCAGGCAGAGGUUUAUGCUGGGAAUAUUCUGUAUGAGCAUGAGAUGCCCACUGAGCCCUUCUGGGAGGCCCACGAUACCCUAGAGCUCCAGCUGUCCUCACCAUCUGCCCAGGACGUGGCUGCCACCCUUGCUGUGGCUGUGUCUUUUGAGGCUGCCUGUCCCCAGCGCCCCAGCCACCUCUGGAAGAACAAAGGUCUCUGGGUCCCCGAGGGCCAGCGGGCCAAGAUCACCAUGGCUGCCCUGGAUGCCUCCAACCUCUUGGCCAGCGUUCCAUCACCCCAGCGCCUAGAGCAUGAUGUACUCUUCCAGGUCACGCAGUUCCCCAACCGGGGCCAGCUAUUGGUGUCUGAGGAGCCCCUCCACGCUGGGCAGCCCCACUUCCUGCAGUCCCAGCUGGCUGCAGGGCAGCUAGUGUAUGCCCAUGGCGGUGGGGGUACCCAACAGGAUGGCUUCCGCUUUCGUGCCCACCUCCAGGGGCCAGCAGGGGCCACCGUGGCUGGACCCCAAACCUCAGAGGCUUUUGCCAUCACGGUGCGGGAUGUAAAUGAGCGGCCCCCUCAGCCACAGGCCUCUGUCCCACUCCGGCUCACCCGAGGCUCUCGCGCCCCCAUCUCCCGGGCCCAGCUAAGCGUCGUGGACCCAGACUCAGCUCCUGGGGAGAUUGAGUAUGAGGUCCAGCGGGCACCCCACAACGGCUUCCUCAGCCUGGUGGGUGGUGGCCCGGGGCCCGUGACCCGCUUCACGCAAGCCGACGUGGAUUCGGGGCGGCUGGCCUUCGUGGCCAACGGGAGCAGCGUGGCAGGCAUCUUCCAGCUGAGCAUGUCUGAUGGGGCCAGCCCACCGCUGCCCAUGUCCCUGGCCGUGGACAUCCUACCAUCCGCCAUCGAGGUGCAGCUGCGGGCACCCCUGGAGGUGCCCCAAGCUUUGGGGCGCUCCUCACUGAGCCAGCAGCAGCUCCGGGUGGUUUCAGAUAGGGAGGAGCCGGAGGCAGCGUACCGCCUCAUCCAGGGACCGAAGUACGGGCAUCUCCUGGUGGGUGGGCAGCCCGCCUCGGCCUUCAGCCAACUCCAGAUAGACCAGGGCGAGGUGGUCUUUGCCUUCACCAACUUCUCCUCCUCUCAUGACCACUUCAGAGUCCUGGCACUGGCUAGGGGUGUCAACGCAUCAGCCGUAGUGAACGUCACUGUGAGGGCUCUGCUGCAUGUGUGGGCAGGUGGGCCAUGGCCCCAGGGUGCUACCCUGCGCCUGGACCCCACCAUCCUAGAUGCUGGCGAGCUGGCCAACCGCACAGGCAGUGUGCCUCACUUCCGCCUCCUGGAGGGACCCCGGCAUGGCCGUGUGGUCCGUGUGCCCCGAGCCAGGACGGAGCCUGGGGGCAGCCAGCUGGUGGAGCAGUUCACUCAGCAGGACCUUGAGGAUGGGAGGCUGGGGCUGGAGGUGGGCAGGCCAGAGGGAAGGGCCCCCAGCCCCACAGGCGACAGUCUCACUCUGGAGCUGUGGGCACAGGGCGUCCCACCUGCUGUGGCCUCCCUGGACUUUGCCACUGAGCCUUACAAUGCUGCCCGGCCCUACAGCGUGGCCCUGCUCAGUGUCCCCGAGGCCACCCGGAUGGAAGCAGGGAAGCCAGAGAGCAGUACCCCCACAGGCAAGCCAGGCCCCAUGGCAUCUAGCCCUGUGCCUGCAGUGGCCAAGGGAGGCUUCCUGGGCUUCCUUGAGGCCAACAUGUUCAGUGUCAUCAUCCCCGUGUGCCUGGUCCUUCUGCUCCUGGCGCUCAUCUUGCCCCUGCUCUUCUACCUCCGCAAACGCAACAAGACGGGCAAGCAUGACGUCCAGGUCCUGACUGCCAAGCCCCGCAACGGUCUGGCUGGUGACACUGAGACCUUUCGCAAGGUGGAGCCAGGCCAGGCCAUCCCGCUCACAGCUGUGCCUGGCCAGGGGCCCCCUCCAGGAGGCCAGCCUGACCCAGAGCUGCUGCAGUUCUGCCGGACACCCAACCCUGCCCUUAAGAAUGGCCAGUACUGGGUGUGAGGCCUGGCCUGGGCCCAGAUGCUGAUCGGGCCAGGGACAGGCUUGCCCAUGUCCUGGGCCCCAUUGCUUCCAUGCCUGGGUGCUGUCUGAGUAUCCCCAGAGCAAGAGAGACCUGGAGACACCAGGGGUGGAGGGUCCUGGGAGAUAGUCCCAGGGGUCCCGGACAGAGUGAAUCAAUACAAGCCUGGAGAACUGCAGGGGCCAAGGUGGAGGCAGGCUUCAGUUCAGUCCUGCCCUGGAGCUGGUUUAGGCUGUCAAAACCAGGGUAACCUCUCACAUGGGUCAUGAUUCUGGGUCCUGAGACUGUGACCUUGGGUAAGUCACGCCUGACCCAGGCUGCUAAGAGGGCAAGGAGAAGAAAGUACCCUGGGAAGGGAAAGGACAGAGGAGGGUAUUCCUGGCUUUUCCACUCCAACCCAGGCCACCCUUUGUCUCUGCCCCAGAGUUGAGAGAAAAACUUUCCCCCCUGGUUUUUCAGGGAGAUGGUAUUCCCUGGAGUAGAGGGCAGGAGGAGAGAGCGCCUCCACUCUGGAAGGCAUAAGCCAAUAGAAUAAUAUAAUCAGGGUGCAGGGUGGGUAGGUUGCUCUGGGGAUGGGUUUAUUUAAGGGAGAUUGCAAGGAAGCUAUUUAAUAUGGUGCUGAGCUAGCAAGGACUGAUGGAGCCCCUGGGGGUGUGGGAUGGAGGAGGGUCUGCAGCCAGUUCAUUCCCAGGGCCCCACCUUGAUGGGGCAAGGGCUAAGCAUGCAUGUGUCAGCGGCUUUGGAGCAGGCUAGGCUGGGGCUCAUGGAGGGUCUCAGGCCGAGGCCACUGCAGUGCCAGUGCCCCCCUGAAGACUAGGGGGCAGGCAGCUGGGGGCACUUGGCUCCAUGGAGCCUGGAUAAACAGUGCUUUGGAGGUUCUGGACAGCUGUGUGGUGUUUGUGUCUUAACUGUGCACUGGGCCUUUUUGUUGGCGUCGGCUUGCCUACAGAGGGCCCCUGGAGUCAGCCCUCUGGCCUGGCCUCAGCCAGUGGGAUGGAGAGGGCCAGGUAGACCUCUGAACUUCCACCUCCUGGGGCCUCCCAGACCUCCUGUGCCCCCACCUGUGUGGGCAGGGGGGCCAGUCUUUGGGUGAUGGGACCAAACCCCUUCAGUUCAGUAGGGAAAGGCUAGGUCCUCUACAAAGAGCUUCAAGACAAAAAUUAAAAUAAAUGCUCCCCACCCUA